UCACACACCCGAUAGGCUACUGUGAAAUAGCUGAAAUAGAUGCUCUAUGUGUCAACAUUUAAUUUUGAUCAGACUAAGAGUUGAACUAAUUUUUUUCGUUUAAGCCAGGGCAAUUAAAAAGCGUUUUUUAAAUGAAACAUAGCCAUUUAAAAGCACGAACAAAAUUAGCGUAUAAAAAUGUGCAGGAAUACGAUCAGAAAAACUAAACGGCAAAAACAGACAAUGGAGGCUAAUAAAAUGUAAGGGAAAUAAAGGAAGAUGCGUUUCCAUGGCAACAAGUAGACGCUACAGAAAACGGAUGUGGCGUAAAGUUAGCACGACAAAGUUUUGAACCAUUUUGAGCGGCGAAAUCAGUGCUCAAGGAUACCAUGAGCAAAUAUGAGGAUUCAUGGGAGAGACUGGACACAGAGUUUGACCAUUUCCUGUUGGACAUGAAGCCAUAUGUUCUUAAACACCCCAACAAGACAGAGCGCCAACGAUGUGCCACAUGGAUAAAGAAGCUGUGUGACCCAACCACGUGUGGUUCAGGUCUGUUAGAUCGUAAGAACCGCAACCUGUAUGCUCGUUUGCUCCUUCACAUGCUGAAAAGAGGGGUCCUGGAAGCGCCAUUCACCAGCAAACCAGAGCCUGGUAACCUCAAGACACUUCCUACCUAUAUGUCCAUCUACUUUGAUGAGCCACUGAGUGGUCGGUCUGUGGAGCACAGCAACACAGAUCUGCCUGACUGGGUGACAGGAGAGCUGGGUGGCUAUACUGAUGAUAGUUUGGCUAUUGGUCUGGUAAAGGACAGAACAAGUUCCACACCAAAUGCAGCUCAUCACAGGAGAAGGCCGUAUGAGGGGAAGACCCCAUUACGACCCACAGCCGCCAGUCCACUCAAACAGUCACCCAUACGUGAUGCCAGAAAGGUGUAUGAGGGGCCGAAGGCUGAUUUGUUUCCCGAUGACAGUGACCUGGAGGCUCGUCUCAACAGCUGGAACCUCGGGAUUGAAAAUCCCAGGUAUUUGCGAGAAAAGCCUAUUCCCUUGUCCCCGAUUUUCAAGUCGAGCUUUGGGAGGGACAGCACCUUGGCUGAUGAUCAGGGCCCUCAACUACAGAGCAAGGAGAUUGAGAUGAAGAUCAAAGUACUGGAGGCCAAGCACCAGGAGGAGAAGCUAAAGAUGCAACAGAGUCAUGAUGCAGAUGUUGAGAAAAUUCUGGACCGAAAGAACGGUGAGAUUGAGGAGAUGAAGAGCAUGUACCGGGCCAAGCAGAAGGAAUUGGAGGAGAUGAUCCGUAAGCUGGAGAAGAAAGUUCAAACUGUGUUGCGGGAAUCCCAGGUCAUCUGUGAAAGCAAAGAGAAGCAGAUUGCUGAGCUGAAGAAGAUGUCGGAUCAGAGCGUCGACUCCCUGAAAAAUGAGUGGGAGAAGAAGCUGCAUGCUGCUGUGACAGAGAUGGAGCAGGAGAAGUUUGAGUUGCAGAAGAAACACACAGAGAACAUCCAGGAACUGCUGGAGGACACCAACCUUAGACUGACUAAGAUGGAGGCUGAGUAUAAUGCUCGGACACAGGCAACUGAGAAAAUGGUGCACGAGCUGGAGCUGCAGGUGAAGCAGCAGUCGGUGGAGGUGGAGAAGGGCAAUGCACUGCGUCAGAAGGUGACACAGGAGAAAGCCCAGUUGGAGAUCCAAAUUGCAUCCAUCAGCACAGAACUGCAGGAGGCCAACAGACGGACCGUGAUCCUGCAAAAGGAGAAGGAGCAGCUCAGUGAGCAGUAUGAGCAGACCAUCCAGAGGCUCCAAGCCAAACACGAGACUGACAUGAGCCACUUAUAUCAGGAACAUGCUUUGUCUGCUGCUAAGGCCUCUGAGGUGAUAGAAAGUUUGGAGAAAAAUGCAGCUCAGCUCAAGCAGCAGCUGCAGGACAGCGAACAUCGAAGACACCAACAAGUCAGGGAUCAAGAGAUAAAGUUUCAGCAAGAAAACAAUGAACUGCAGAUCAACUGUGAGAAAAAGGUUUUAGCAGCCCAGAGUGAGGCAGAGAAAGAGAAAACAGAGGCUAAGAGGAAGAUAGCCAAACUAGAAGAUGCCCUCAGGGAAAUGGAGAGCCAACUGGACAGAACCAGGGAGAGCCAAAUGCAGCAGAUCCAGCAGGCAGAUAUGGCACUGGAGCAGUUCAAGAAACAGGUGGAGCUCAGCUCUGAGAAGGCCUAUGCUGACAUGAAAUUCCAGAUGGAGAAAGUAGAGGAGGACCUGAUCCGCUCCAAGUCCCUCAGGGAGAGCCAGGCCAAACAGUUCUCCCAGCAACUGGAUGCACUCAGACAGAAAUAUGAGCAGCAGAUGGCUGAGCAGCGCAUGCAGCACGAGCAGGAGAGGACGCGGCUACAGCAGCAGCACAACGCGGACAAGGACAACCUGGUCCAGGAGCGUCAGCGGGAGGUGAGCAGCUUGGAGAGGCAGGCCAGGGCCACCCUGCAACAGCACCAGCAGCACACCCAGGAAUGGAGGAAGCGUGAUGCACAGAUUAUUUCAGAUUUGGAGGCCCAGUUGUCAAAUCUACGUGAGGAGGUCCAGGUGGCCCACAUCCAGCAUAAACAACAACUUGCUGAGAUGGCAUUGCUCCGGGAGGAGGACAAGCAAAGGGCAUUCAAGGACAAGGAGACAUCCCUGGACAGGCUCCGUUCUGACAUGGAAGGCAUCCGCAGCGACCUUGAGAGAAGCCACCAGCAGGAGAAGGAAUCUGCUCAGGAAAAGACCAACAGCAGGUUGAAGCAGAUUGAGAAGGAGUACAGUCAGAAGCUUGCCAAGUCUGCCCAGCGAAUCGCAGAGCUACAAACAUCUGUAUGUGACGCAAAGGAGGAGGCUGUUCGUCUGCAGCAGGCCAUGGAGAGGCAGCUAGAGGAGGCCAACUCUCGGUGGGAUAAGGAGAGGAGGACAAUCACUCACCAUGCCGAUUCGGCCAACAAGGCUCUGCAGGAAAAAGUGGAAAGUCUACAGAGGCAGCUGCUCUGCUCAGAGAAGAAGCUGAUUGGCAAAGACCUUGAAACCGAAGAGAAGGUGACUGUGGUGCGUCAGGAGUACGAAGAGAAAAUCAAAGGUUUGAUGCCGGCUGAGCUCCGACAGGAACUGGAGGACACCAUCACCUCUCUGAAAGCUCAGGUUAACUUCCUUCAGAAGAGAGCGUCUGUGCUACAGGAAGACCUGGAUGCCUCUCGCAGCAGGAGGUUCACCACUGGAGAACCACAGCCUGACCCUGCACUGGGGCAUAAAGGAUAAGACAUCCAGUCAGAUGUGAGCAUUGCUGACUGUUACAAGUAUUUUACACACCUGUCACACCACUGGACCAGUCAUCUUUUAGUUUGAUGUGCUGUCACCUCCCACAAGUUUACAUAUGAGCUAUUUAUUCAUUGUCAUAUUUUCAGUUUUGUUUUGUCUCAUUGAAAAAACAAUAUUUGCAUGUACCCAGCUAGUUAAAUUGUUCAGUUUUAUAUUGUUUACAUCAUUAACUUGAUAUCAUUGUUACUGAUAUUUGAUAUCAGUUUCCAUAG